UUUUUUUUUUUUUUUUUUUUUUUUUUUUUUUUUUUUUUUGAGGGGAGAUGGCACCGAAAUUUAUUGAGCUGUGGAAUCACAAAACUGGGCUCUUAGUCAACGCUUCCAUUCCACCACAUGCAAUCAGAUUACAAAACCCCAAAGAAAUAAAACUAAAUUAAAGAAAAUUCCACCACAGCUCGUCGGAGAGCAAAAAUCAACCCCCAUUUAUACGCUUCGCCGUCGUCUCCCCCGCAGCUGGUCAAAUAUGGGAGAAUUUGAUUGAAAGGUGACGAAAUAUACUGGGCAAGAAUUCAAGAAAUUGUUUAGUGGUUUCUGGGUUUCUUGAUUUUGUGUGAAAUGGUUCGGAGGGGAAGUGAAGUGGAGCCGGCGAGGUGGGGGUCUAUGGUGCUUCUGUUUAUGGGUUUGGUCUCUUUCUGUAUGGUCUAUGUUUUCAUGUCAACUGUGAUGAGACCCUCGUCGUCUGGCGAUUCAAAGAUGAGUUCUUUAGGGUUUGGUGAUGGAAAUGGUGGGAAUUCGGAGGUGGUGGAGGUGAGUGGAGGUGGGGGUUGUUGUAGAGGGAUCCCGAAAUUGGAGCUGUGGGGUGCUGCUGUCAAGUGGGGGACUGAUUUCAAGUUCAAUUCGUCCGAGCAGUGCUGCGAGGCUUGCAAAGCGAUGUGCACGGGGAAGGACGGGCCGUGUCUAUGUGAUUCGUGGGUCUUCUGUGGGAAUAAGGAGGCUUGUGGGGAGAAAUUUGGUGAGUGCUGGUUAAAGAAACAAAAGGAUGUCCUGCUUCCUGAAAAGCAAGAUACUGGAAACAAAAUAAAGUGGACAUCGGGUAUCAUCUUUGGAAGAGGGGAGGGCAUUAUUGCGUUAGAGACGGAGUAUGGAACUCUUCACAUCAAGCUUUUGCCUGAUUGCUCCCCACAUUCAGUUGCAUACAUGUUAGAGUUGUUGGCUCUGCGACAUUGUGCAGGUUGCCAUUUUUAUAGAGCAGAAAGCCGGGGUCAGUUUUGGGAUAUUAAGGGAAACCACAUAAAAGAUGCUUCAUAUGGCCCUCCAUUUGCUCUUAUUCAAGGAACACUAGAAGCCCUAGCGGUGACAUUCGACCCGAUUCCAUCAGAGCACUGCCCAACCAUAAGAAGGGGUUCGGUGGCAUGGGUUGGAUCCGGCCCCGAAUUCUUCAUAAGCCUUGCAAAUCAUGAAGAGUGGCGAAAUGCAUACACCGUGUUUGGUUCCGUACUUCCUGAAGAUAUGGUGAUUGCCGAGAAAAUCGCUCAGCUCCCGACAAAGUCAGAUGUUUGGAACAACAUCAAUGUCUCAGUUUUAGAGAAAACUGUACCUUUGAAGAUUCAAAGAAUCAACCUUGGUCACAGUGACCUAAAUCUCAGCGCUGACUAGAAGUUAGAUCCGAGUUGUAGAUGAACAUUUUGGGAGGCAUAGCAUAGCAGCAUGAUUUUGAGCAUAUGAAGGUGCAGCCAAAGACCAACUGUAAAGCUCUACAAAUCUUCUCAAGUCUCAACAACUAGGGAAAAUGGUGUUGUUUUCUUUCUUUUUUGUUUGUAGAUUUGUUUUGUUUUGUUUUUGAUUUUUUUUUAUGGCCAACUGAUAUUGUACUGUUUCUAAAGAGUUGUGAUUUAAUAAUAAAAAAUAAUAAUGAAGUGCUAA